UCCAAUGAGCGUUCUCACAGCGCCGGCAUAGUAUUGUGAGCACACAGACAGGCCCGAAUGGCAGCACGCGAGGGAUAUUUAACUAUUUGAUGCUGUUUUGAUCAGAUCGGGUCGUUUAAUUCGCCGUAACCACGGACGCCAUCGUAUAGGCGCACCUGCUGAAUCCAGAGGCUGUCUUGGAGUUUGUGGACAGAUCCCUUGUUUAUUUGGACACUUGCACAGCUCAGCAUGGGUUGCAAGCAGUCGAAAGCGGUGCGGGUCCAACCUGUCGGCCCGGCUUCUGUUGGGCAUGAUAACACGGACAAUGUGGAAAUUUGUGAUUCUGGAACUCAGACGAAAGACAGAAUAAAGUCGGGAAAUCCCGACGAUCAAUAUGAAUAUGACAUUGAUGAUCAAGGAAAUAAAGUCAGGAAACUGAGGAAAAAGAAGAAAAGCAGAUCGGCUAAGAGUCGAGAUUCUUUGAACUCUUGUGACACUCUCGGGGAUGAACAGUCUAUGGAAAGUGAUCGUGGGUUCUCGGCAGGGUCGAAGAAAAGCGCGGAUUCUGGACUUGGAGAAUGUGAUGACUAUGGACAUGUCAUCACAGAAUUCUCAGAUCCUAAUGAAGUUCAAAAGAUUGAAAAUGAAUUUGGCGGAGAGAGGGACGAUUUAGAUCUCAUGGUUACUGGAAAACCUUGUCAAAAGAGACUGAGCGCCAAGGACAAGAAUCGACUUGAAGAGUCCAUGAUUAUGCAGGCUCUAAGAGAGGAAGGCCUCAUCACAAAGACUAAGACUGAAUCCACAGGCGGAGUGAGUUUUGAAAUUGUGGCUAAAGAGGAGGCAGCCAGACCCCCUCCACGGCUUGCCAAGCUGGAAAAGAGGAGGAAGAAGAAGAAAACGCUCACAGAGGAAGAAAUUCAGGAGAAACUCGAGAGAGCAGAAAGGAGACGAAAGAGGAAAGAGCAGGAACGACUCGAGAAGAUCAAGGAGAUUGACAAGAGCGACCACCUGGCUGCUCUGGACAGUUUCGCCAAGCACCAGCAGGAGAAGGUGGAACAGACGACACAGAAGAUGGACCAGGUCAUGGACAACAGGGAGAAGAGGAUGAAGGAAAUUAGAGACAAAAUAAAAGCUAAGGAGAAGCACGCGGAGGAAGUGAGGAGAAGGAAGUUAGCGCAUGUCGACACGAAUGACAAUGGCUCAGAUAACCCUGCGUUCGAGCCAACUGUGUAGGGGAGGUAACAGGACAUUAGACAUGCUUGAGAGAAAGUAUUGCAGAAAGAUAGAAUGGCGUGAAAUGAAUACAACUUUAACCUAAACGUGUAUCAAGCGUGAUGUACCAACGAAGUUCAGUUAUAUGAAGACCAAAAUCAUGAAUGGUAAUACAUAAUUUGUUAUUGGUCAAGACUGUGGCUAUAUGGCAAAAUAGCAGUGAUAAGGAUUGUCGCCAUAAUGAAGACCUUCCUGGUACGUUCCUUGUAAGAGUAUCCUUGUUUGUCGAUCUAAUUUGAACAAGGAUUAUGCAUUCUCAAAACCGAUGGCGAGGUUGAUAAAUCCCCUUGCGUCCGAUGAUGAUGAUGAUAACGUUUUCUGACAAUGAUGCCAGCAUUCACCUUCAUAACUGUAAUUACGGGUAUGUAAUGUCUUUCGUACCUGACGCUCCACCCCACUCCCUUGUUAGUAUUAGAGUUGUAUACCAGAGUGUACGCACAGUGAUUAACGCUCCACAAAUCUGAGGGAACGGUGGUAGUACUUUUACGAACUUACCGUUACUUGUUUUAUCAAGCUCAUAGCUCUAUUGUUAUGACGUAAUUAUUUACCAUUGUUUGAUUCCAAUUCCAACAAAUACGCGCCAGUCACAUGUCAGUAUUAAUCGCUUACCAGAGUGCACGCUCCACUGUGGAAAUUGAACUGUGAUAACAAGUUUAAGAAUUUAACGUUACCGAUUGUUUUGUCAACCUAUUUAUCAAUUGUUAUGACGAAGCUAUUUACAUUUGUUUGCUUUUUAAUAUUUAACAUAUGAGUACAAACGUGUAUAUAGUGUAUAUAUGCAAUGCCUCAUUGUAAAUUAUCAUGUAAGUUAUUUCAAGCCAUUGUCAGCGUGUGUUGUUUACAACACUGUCACGUUUUUAACGUGUACACAGAGGGGAGGAGUCAGCCAAUUAUAAACUUACUUAGUAGUAUACCGUAUUCGAAGUUAUAAGCGCUCAGGGCGCUCUCAAAAUUAGAAAUAGGGGGCUCUUAUUAGAACAUUAUUUUGGUG